CCACAUGCGGCGGACCUUCUCGAGCAACUUUCAACUCGAUAUUGACGGUCCUACAUCUCCAGAUCGGCCACCUCUCUUUUCCGACUGCUUCUUGCAAGAUCUGACCUGUCCCCUUCCGAUUGAUCCGAUCUGGGCGAAUCCUUUUUUUCGACCGAACACCAUAAUCGAAAUCCCCCCUUCCCCGCGCUCCCCAGGAACAACCCCGCCAUCGAAAUGCCUCCGUCGACAGAGGCGCCGUCUUCGGCGGUCCAAGUGCUCCCUCUCACGCCCUUCACACCCGACCUUUACGAGCGCGCGUGGUGUUCCAUACCCCAUCCGACACUCCCGCUCAUCGCGACCGCCUACUCCAAAUCGGUCAAGAUCUUUUCUCUGUCCACUCUCUCCUCCCACAGCACCCUGACCGGCGGCCACACGCGGUCCAUUCGCUCGGUCACCUGGAAGCCGAACCUUCCCCCCCAACAGCUGUGCCUCGUCACCGGCAGCUUCGACUCUACCGCUGGCCUUUGGCGUUGGGACGGUGAACUUCCGUUUGCGGGCGGCGACGACGUUUCCGCCCCGGAACCCCUCGAGAUCGACCUCAGCGGCGCGGCGAAGAGGCGUGCCACCGACGGCAGCGACGGCGAUACGGACUGGGAGUUUACGCUGGUUCUCGAGGGCCACGACUCGGAGAUCAAGGGCGUCUCCUUCGCCCCGUCGGGUGCGUACCUCGCCACUUGCAGUAGAGAUCAGACCGUCUGGAUAUGGGAGGACGUGGGCGCCACCGAGGGUGACGACGAGUGGGAGACAGUCGCCGUGCUGAACGAGCACAACGGUGACAUGAAGGGCAUCGCCUGGUGCCCGGACGUGCCUGGAAGGAACUCACGCCGACGGUACAGCGCCGACGUCCUCGCGAGCGCGAGCUACGACAACACGGUCCGCGUAUGGCGCGAGGACGGCGACGGCGAGUGGGUGUGUGUGGCGGUGCUUGAGGGCCAUGAGAGCACCGUCUGGGGCGUGCAGUGGGAGCAGAAGCCGAGGGAGGACGGCGGCUUCCCGCGACUGCUCAGUUACUCGGCAGACCAGACGAUACGGAUAUGGAGCCUGAAGGUUGAUGACGAGGAGGACGAAGGGCCUGGGGCAGCCUUCCGCGGCGGCCUGGGCGGCAUCCCCAACACGAUGCGAAGGUCGCUGCGCGAGGAGUGGGUGUGCACGGCUGUCCUGCCCAAGGUGCAUACGCGAGACAUCUACUCGGUGACGUGGAGCGCGACGUCCGGCAUGGUGGCCAGCACGGGAAGCGACAGCCUCAUUGCAGUAUAUCAGGAGGACGGCAAGACGAGCGUUACGGAAGCGGCUACCACGAGCGGAGAGAGCGCGACCGUGGCGACAGCGGGAUCAAGCACGUGGCGUGUCGUGGCGGAGGUGCCAACCGCCCACGGCCCGUACGAGAUCAACCACAUCACUUGGUGCAAGAGGUACGACGCAGGAUCUGAGAACAAGGGUGUUGAGGAGAUGCUGGUCACUACGGGAGACGAAGGACUGGUCAAGCCUUGGCAGGUGGUUGUGUCGUAGAGGAUGCAGUGGAGGGCUAGGGUGGUCGUAGCGGCCGAAAGUACAGGGAGUUGCGAAUAUCUCAUCCAGACAAGUCUUCACAGACCACCAAUAAGGUGUAAUUCACCUAGAGCGGUGGUUUCCACCUCAAGAGGAUAAAAGGUGGACAUCAACAUCACACAACACUUGAUCCCUUUGUCUUCCUAUUCAGGCAAACAGACUUGCCUUUGCCACCUUAGGAGCCUUACCCAAUCUUUCUUGAAGUCAACAGUGGUCAACACGUUACCUAUAGUGUCAUCACAUGCUAAAUCAUUACAGGGCUAUAAGUUCUCCUUGAUCUAGCCAGUUUGUGUGAUUGCAGUAGAUGUGUAUAGCGUGAUAUAACUUACAGGGC